UCCCCUUAUCUCUCUUCCAUCGCGAUCUCCAGAUCUCGUCGCUCUCUCCCGCUCGUCCCCUCGUCUUAGAUCGAUCAUCCAUCGACCUCCAGAUUCUUCCAGGUUCUUCCCGAUCCGGCAUCCUCUUCCUCGGACUCCGGAUCUUGAUCCGCCGAGAUGGCCUACGGCGAUCGCCUGACCACCUUCGAGGAUUCCGAGAAGGAGAGCGAAUAUGGAUACGUCCGCAAGGUUUCUGGGCCAGUCGUGGUUGCCGAUGGCAUGGGAGGUGCUGCCAUGUAUGAACUUGUUCGUGUUGGUUAUGAUAAGCUUAUCGGUGAGAUUAUUCGUUUGGAGGGUGAUUCCGCUACAAUCCAGGUUUAUGAAGAAACUGCUGGUUUGAUGGUCAAUGACCCAGUUUUGCGAACUCGCAAGCCUCUCUCAGUCGAGUUGGGACCUGGAAUUUUGGGCAACAUUUUUGAUGGAAUUCAGCGGCCUCUGAAAACUAUUGCUAUAAAAUCUGGUGAUGUCUACAUCCCUCGUGGUGUUUCUGUCCCUGCACUUGACAAGGAUGCAUUGUGGGAAUUUGAGCCCAGUAAAUUAGGUGUCGGAGAUCUUCUGACUGGUGGUGAUUUAUAUGCAACGGUCUUUGAGAACACAUUGAUGAAGCACCUUGUUGCUCUUCCUCCUGGUUCCAUGGGGAAAAUCAGUUAUAUUGCUCCUGCUGGUCAAUACAACCUGAAUGAUACAGUCCUGGAGCUGGAGUUUCAAGGUGUUAAAAAGCAGUUCAGUAUGCUUCAGACAUGGCCAGUACGUACUCCAAGGCCAGUUGCAGCAAAGCUUGCUGCUGAUACACCUCUAUUAACAGGACAGCGUGUGCUAGAUGCUCUCUUUCCUUCUGUUCUUGGAGGCACUUGUGCUAUACCUGGAGCUUUUGGUUGUGGAAAAACAGUCAUCAGCCAGGCACUCUCAAAGUACUCUAAUUCUGACACGGUGGUGUAUGUUGGCUGUGGAGAAAGAGGAAAUGAAAUGGCUGAGGUGCUUAUGGAUUUCCCGCAAUUGACAAUGACAUUACCUGAUGGCCGUGAAGAAUCUGUCAUGAAGAGAACAACACUUGUGGCAAACACUUCCAACAUGCCUGUGGCUGCUCGUGAAGCUUCCAUAUAUACAGGCAUCACAAUAGCAGAAUAUUUCCGAGAUAUGGGAUACAAUGUCAGCAUGAUGGCUGAUUCUACCUCCCGAUGGGCAGAAGCCUUGCGUGAGAUCUCAGGCCGACUGGCUGAAAUGCCAGCAGAUAGUGGUUAUCCUGCAUAUCUUGCAGCACGUUUAGCUUCCUUCUAUGAACGUGCUGGUAAAGUGAAAUGUCUGGGUGGGCCAGACCGAACCGGCAGUGUCACAAUCGUUGGUGCUGUUUCCCCUCCAGGGGGCGAUUUUUCAGACCCUGUUACUUCUGCAACUCUUGGUAUUGUUCAGGUCUUUUGGGGACUAGAUAAGAAGCUGGCUCAGAGAAAGCAUUUUCCAUCUGUGAAUUGGCUUAUUUCAUAUUCCAAGUACUCAAAGGCAUUGGAAUCUUUCUAUGAGAAAUUUGAUUCAGAUUUCAUUGACAUCCGGACAAAGGCUCGUGAGGUACUACAGAGAGAAGAUGAUCUGAAUGAAAUUGUGCAGCUUGUUGGUAAAGAUGCAUUAGCUGAGACGGACAAGAUCACACUAGAGACUGCAAAACUUUUACGGGAAGAUUAUCUGGCACAAAAUGCAUUCACUCCCUAUGAUAAGUUCUGCCCAUUCUACAAAUCAGUUUGGAUGAUGCGGAACAUCAUUCAUUUCAAUACUUUGGCAAAUCAGGCAGUGGAGCGAGCAGCAGGUUCUGAUGGCCAAAAGAUCACUUACAGUGUUAUCAAACAUCGGUUGGGUGACCUUUUCUACCGUCUAGUGUCUCAAAAAUUUGAAGAUCCUGCAGAAGGUGAGGAAGCUCUUGUUGCAAAAUUCAAGAAAUUGAAUGAUGACCUCACUGUUGGAUUCCGCAACCUUGAAGACGACGCACGAUGAUCUUUGUACCCUAAAGUCAUUAAUCGGAAUCACUAUCACCAUUACGAUGUUACUAGAAUUUUGGAAGAUCUGCAGCAUCAUGGAGGCCCCAUGCUGCUGAUGUUUCCCUUUUGAGUUAUGCAUGUUCUUGAACAUGCUGUUUUGUUAUUAUAUUCCAACUUGCUGCUGUUAUUAGCAGAUCAGACCAUUGUUUUUCUGAACUAUUGUAAUAAAGGGUGAAUCAAUAACUCAAUUACGGUUUUGAUUCA